AAUGCAGCAGUCGUCAAAAACUUUAUUAGUUUUGGUUGGUCAAUGUUGAAUUGGUUCAAUGGUUAAUUGCAAAUUGUAAGCACCAAACGUGAUUUUUAAAUAACAAAAAUGUCAACACCUGUUCCACUUAUUGUUAAAUUACUGGCUUCUUCAGUUUCUGUGGCAAAUAGAGCUGGAAAAAUUGUGAGAGAUGUUAUGAGUAAAGGGGAGUUAGGUAUAGUUGAAAAGGGGAAAGAUGAUUACCAAACCGAAGCAGACAGAUCUGCGCAACGAUGCAUAAUUGCAUCACUUGCCGCGCAAUAUCCAAAAAUAAAUAUUAUUGGUGAAGAAGAUAGUCCUGACACUGAGGGUGAAGUACCCAGCGAUUGGAUAGUUAUAGACACAGACAAAGAUGUUCUGUCUUUGGAGUGCCCUUCGAGUCUGCAAGGUGUGAAGGAAGAAGACAUUGUUGUGUGGGUAGACCCACUAGAUGGCACUUCAGAGUACACUCAAGGUGCCCUAAUGUUGAAGAAAGAUCCAUGGGAAAGAUGGAAAAUGUAUUUGACACAUCCAUUUAUUAGUAUUAAAUGGUAUUUAAGUUUACUGCAAUCAAAUUAUGGUUUCUUGGAACAUGUGACCGUUUUAAUCGGAAUAUCUGUAAAUGAAAAACCAGUAGCUGGAGUUAUCCAUCAGCCAUAUUAUAAGACAAUAAAUGGUGGUGAAAAGAAGAUGGGGAGAACUAUUUGGGGUUUGCAAGGUGUGGGUGUCGGUGGCUUCACUCCUGCUCCACCACCAGAUUCUCUCAUCAUCACCACUACAAGGAGUCACUCUAAUGCUCUUGCGGAGAAGGGCCUGCAAGCCAUGAAUGCCAGUCAGGUGUUAAGAGUUGGUGGCGCUGGUUAUAAGGUUUUACAGCUUUUAGAAGGUAUCGCAUCAGUUUAUUUAUUCGCUACUAGUGGUUGUAAGAAAUGGGACACAUGCGCGCCCGAGGCGGUGUUGUCGGCGGCGGGAGGGAAGCUAACUGACAUUCUCGGCAACUAUUAUAAAUAUGGAGCCUCGGAGCAAAGACUCAACAAGACAGGAGUCCUCGCAGCUGUCAACAAUGACUUGCAUAGUUAUGCCUUGAGCAAAAUACCCGAAGAACUAAAAGAAUUACAAUCUAAAAAGUAAUUUUGUAUAAUUCUGUACAUAUGUAUAUAAAUGGGAAAA